AUGUCACAGGUCAAGGCUACCACUGAAAGCGUCACCCUAGAACCAUACACCAUCUAUACCACACGCCAAAGAACACUCAUCGUUGCUAUUGUUUCGACGGCCGCCACGCUGUCCGGCUUUGCCUCAAACAUCUAUUUCCCCAGUCUUCCACAAAUCGCAAAAGACCUAUCUGUCAGUACUAAUCUGGUCAACCUCACGGUAACCUGUUAUAUGAUCUUCCAGGGUCUGUCCCCGACCAUCUGGGGAGCCGUGGCCGAUGCUUUGGGACGCCGCGUGACGUACUGUUGUACCCUGGUUGUCUUUCUCGGGGCUUGUAUCGGUCUUGCCGAGACAAAAGAUUUCGCGACGCUCAUGGUUCUUCGCUGUGUUCAAAGCACUGGAAGCGCCAGUACUAUCGCCUUGGGAGCAGGUGUGAUUGGUGACAUCACGAAGAGAGAAGAAAGGGGAGGCUAUAUGGGCUUCUUUCAAGGUGGACUGUUGAUGCCAGUCGCAAUCGGACCAGUCAUUGGUGGGGUUCUCGCGGGAAAGUUGGGAUGGAAUGCUGUCUUCUGGUUCCUCACGAUAUAUGGGGGUGUCUGCCUGACUAUUGUCGCUCUCCUCCUGCCUGAAACCCUCAGAACGAUUUCUGGCAACGGAUCACUGAGAGUCAAGGGCAUUUCACAGUCAUUUCUCGGUGCCUACCAGCGUGGAAGGUAUCUACGAACCCAGCCGCAGCUUUCAGAACCACAAACAGACCCGGGAUCACGCAAGGCCAUCGAUCUGUGGGGCGCGGUGAGAAUCCUAUUCCGCCUAAAGACGUUCGGCGCAAUUUUGCUUGUGGCCGUACAUUAUACAGUCUGGCAGAGCGUCCUCACUGCAUUAUCGACGAUUGUAAGAGACACAUACCAAACCACUGAAACUCAGAUUGGAUUGAUUUUCCUCGCCAACGGCAUCGGAUCAAUCGGUGGGACGCUCUCCAUAGGCAGACUCCUCGAUUAUGAUUACCAAAAAAUGGCACGAAAGUAUGUUGGGAAUGAGCAAGAUCUUCCAAUCGAGAAGGCCCGGCUCAGGACAGCCUGGAUAUGGAGCGCCUUGGAGUGCGUCUCUGUCUUAGUUUUCGGGUGGACAGUCGAUCAUGGGGUUCAUAUCUCAGUCCCGAUAAUUUGCCUCUUCGUACUCGGUUGGGCAGCCAUUUCGAUACAGAGCUCCGUCUCGACAUACCUGGUAGACAUUCAUCACAGCCAAAGCGCAUCAGCGUCGGCUUCUCUCAACCUUAUGCGUUGCCUCAUGGGAGCCGGAGGCUCAGCAGUUGUUGGGCCACUCAUCGGGAGGAUUAACGUUGGCUGGACUUUUACGCUGAUGGCUGGGGUGAUGGUAUUGUUGAGCGCCGCUAUUCUUAUCCCAACGAUGUUCGAGAUUGAUUUUCACCGGCGACAGAGUGAGGAUGUCCAAGAUCAGGAGCUUGUUGCUUGA